CUUCAUUGCCUGCUUUUCUCGUUAUCCUUUUCCACCGUGGUGCCAUGGUCAAGCACUCGUCCGUUGCUGAGGCAUACUCCAUUCUCGGUCUUCAAGAGGGUGCCACUCUCGAGGAGGUCAAAUCUGCUUAUAGGCAGCAUGCGCUGCGCACUCAUCCAGAUAAAAAUCCUAAUAACGCCGAUGCUACUGCACAGUUUCAGGCAGUUGGUGAUGCAUACACUGUCCUCCAAAGGCACCUGAAUCCGCCUACUGGCCCCAGACGGAUGUACCAUCAUGGCAUGGACGACGAUGACGACGAAUAUGACGAAUAUGACGACUACGAGGACUACGAGGACGAUCUCUACAACUCUGAGAACGAAGCAGACCGUGUUGCAUUUUUCAUGUUUCUUUUCUCCCAAUUUUUGAAUGGGGGACGUAUGCGUUUUAAACGGCCCGACCCUCACCGUAAUUAUCGUCGUCGAUCUCUCUCCCCCGAGACCCCUGAGCAAUAUAGGGCUCGAAUCGAACGGAAUCGCGCAGAGCAAGUCGAGGCUGAAAAAAGGCGUGCUGAAAAGACAGCUGAGCGCAAAGCUUUUGAAGCACGGCAACGCGAGAAGGAACGUAAAGAGGCAGCUGAGAGGCAACAAGCUAAAGUAGCGUCCAAAAAGGCAGAAUCUGUAGCCGCUCGUAAAAGAGCGGCUGAGACUGCUGAGGCUCAGCAACGGCGUGUCCAGACCACAAGAUCAGAAGCUUUUUCGGCUGCACGUGAGGGAGACGCCGUCAAAGUCAGGAAGGCAGUCUGGGAAGAAAAUGUCGAUGCCGCUGCAGGCGAAAUCAAGCUUGGUUGUGAAACAUACGUUAAGAGGCCACCUGAAGAUCCGAAGGAAACAUUGUUGCAUAUCGCUGCACAGCAAGGUGAUGUUGACCUCGUGGAGUGGCUAGACGCCCACAGUGCAGAUCCGGAAGAGCGUAACGCUGCAGGGCUGUCGGCCUUCCACUUGGCGCUUCAGCAGGGUUGCAUCCCAAUCAUAAACCAUUUCUUCCAGUCAUAUGAUCCGAAGCAAGACGACGACCAUAGCGCGAUUUAUAGCCUCUCACCACCAGUGUCGCUUCUUUCUCUAGCUUUGGAAUCUGGCAAGCCCGAGGUUGUAUGGCUGAUCCUUGAGAAGGGUCUGGCUUCCACCCAAGAUAUCGGAAAUGCGUGGACGCAGGUGACGUCUGGACAGACCAAUCAGCCACUGUUCAAGAAACUUCCCCGAGAUAGUGACAAGUUUUCCGAGAUCCAGAACCUUCUGAUGACGUUCGGAGGAUUCACACCGCCACCAACACCAAAGGUCUCGAGUCCAAAGGAUACGAGACAUGAUUCGCCUUCUCCCCUUUCGCCGUUUGCGCGGGAUGGCUCUGCCAAGAGCCGUCAGCAGACUCGCGCCAAAAAACCAAACGUCGACCAAACUCGUCCUAAUACUCAAUCUGCCAAAUUACCCCACACCGGCUCCCCGCCUGGCUCCUCAGAACCUGGCAAAAUCCAUUCGCGGGGUCCUGAUGGCGGACGUGGGCAGGGUCGCGGACGGGGUCGUGGUCGGGGUCGUGGACGUGGAAACUAGAUCGCUAUUCAGUGAUCGCAUAUCUCUGUUCCGCGUGCUUCCCGGCAUCAGUAUGUCUCAUGAUUCUUCCAUUUCAUUCUUUCAUUCCUUGACACAUACCUCUCCUUCGCAUCAAGCCUCACCAUGCAUCCAUAAGUAUCAAUUACAUCAUUCGAUGGUCUUAUUAUAGCUGACAUCAUGAUCGCGAGCUAAUGUUCAUAUCGCAAACUUGUGUAAUAUUUACUCUGCGCAUACACCAUGCUUGUAUGUAAAUUAAAUCGUUGUAUUCU